UAAAAGUGGUGUCAUGCCCGCUGCUGCAGAGGCCCGGCUCGUUACGCGCUCACAGAGACGGAGGCAGGCAGAGCAGGGAGAGGAGGACGCACACUCACACUCACACACUCACUGUGCGCAAGCUUUACAAACUGCAGAUCUGUGUGAGGCAAACGGGAGGUUGCGGGGGUUUCAGUAGUGGCAUUUUCCUCUGGCGCACUCAGGAUUUAACAAAAUUUUUACGCUCGAACUAGUGCCAGAAUUCUUGUUUCAACUUAACUGCGCGUUUGCCUCCGUGCUGAAUAGGAUGCGUGUCUCCUCCUGCCGACCCGGUUCUGUUUGACACAUUCCCCCCGAGAGCUGGAUCCGUUCACCGGUCUGUUUUCUCACCGGGGGAAGUUGGGCUCGUCAUAGAAAAAACUUUUUCCUCCUGGCCGUUUGGCCGUGGAUGCCACGGGAAUGGGACCGAGCCAACGGGAGAGCGUGUCCGCGCUUUGCAGGAAAAGUUUGCUGUGCACGGUGCUGCUGCUCUGGCUCAGCGCGGCCGUGGACGGGACCUGGAAGACGGGACUUUACAAGACCUACUCUGCAGCCUCCCACACCUCCGUCUACCAGAAAAGGAACUGGUGUCCUCACACGGUCACCAAGACGGUGACGUGCCAGGUGCAGAACGGGACCACUCUCCAGCGAGUCUACCAGACAUGCCGCUGGCCACAGGGAUGUACAGGAGGGAGCUACAGGACCGUUGUCAGACCUUCCUACAAAGUUGUGUACCGCACAGUGACGUCUCUGGAGUGGAAAUGCUGUCCAGGAUUCAGCGGCGCUGCCUGUGAAGAAGAUGCAGGGAACCAGCUUGUGGCUCAGGAGGCUGUGAGGAAACCAUCGACACUACGCCGGCCGCCUGCACGAACAGGAGAAUCAACCUCUAGCUGUCUGAACUGCAGCAGAAUCACAGCUCUGAGUGACAGGCUGAGCUCAGUGGAGGCGAAGGUCCAAUUACUCACUGCCCCGUCCUCCAUAUCGCAUCGCCACCCUCAGGUUAAAGGAGAAACUGCACCAGAGGCCUCAUCCCUAAUUGGGGCUGCACCCGCUCAGGGUGCUCCUGGUGAGCAGGGACCUGCAGGUCCUCAGGGUGAAAAGGGGAGAGAUGGGCUUCCUGGCAGAGAUGGGAAGUUAGGGUCUCGGGGGCUGCCAGGUCCCAUUGGGCCUCGGGGGGAGGCCGGAGCAAGGGGCCCAUCUGGAGCCCCCGGAUCAAAGGGAUCCCAUGGACAAGCAGGUCCACGUGGUCCAUCAGGACUCCCAGGAGACAGGGGUCUACCAGGGCCACCUGGGCCUCCGGGGCCUCCAGCACCAGCCAGUGCCCACAUCCCAGAGCCAGACAAUGCUCGCAGAAAAGACCUCUUCUACACCAACACAUUUCAUGACUCACGAGGAUCGCCCGUUCCAGGACCUCAGGGCCCCGCCGGUCCUGUCGGUCCUGCAGGUCCCAAAGGCCCAGUAGGACCGCCUGGUCCACCAGGACAGAAUGGUAAAUCUGGAGCCGCUGGAAUACAGGGCCCCGUGGGGCCAAAAGGAGAGCGUGGGGAGAGAGGUCCUUUAGGUUACCCAGGAGAGAGGGGCUUCAGAGGCGAGUCGGGAACACCAGGUCCUAAAGGAGAGCCAGGAGAGAAGGGCUUGCCGGACGUUAGCUUGCAGAUGUUCCACGACUUGCAGGCAGACCUUGAGCUUCUUGCUCGCAGGGUGACACUGCUGGAGGCUAUCAUCUGGCCAGGUAACGCUGACACAUCCCCACCCACAGCUCUGCCGGCCCUCACUGACUUUAUUUUUGACGAGAUUUAAAGAAUGUUGAUCGAGCGUUAGAAGCGCAACCUUUCUGAUCGUUGAAUGCUGAUCUGGUUAAUGAAAAAUAGAUGAAUUUUUUGAAAUAUAGCUUUUAUGUCUGAAUUGUUUUGGUUAUGAUGAUCCUUCCAUGUCAUGACAGCACAGAUAUGACUCCAUUGGUCCCGAACAUGAACAGGCUUCCUGCCAAAGUCUGAACAUCUUUGGUGAUUUCACACGAGCUAUUUCUGUAUUUUUGCAUUUUUCUUUGCUCUUCUCACUAGUUUACAGUGGAGGAGGCUCAGCUGGGAAAAGAUGAUAUCACUAACUUGCUUCCAAGCAGUAAAUUAUGCCAUGGCAAGAUUUGGAAAAAAAAUAUAGUUGACUUCACUGAAAAGAGCCGCCUUAAAAAACAACAGUUUUAUUUACCAACUGUGCUGAUAUAACUUGUUAAUUUUAGAUUCAAUUAAUUAAUUAUUUUGUGUGUUACUAACAGUUUUUCAAGUUGACAAAUCAUUUCCGUGUGUCAGUGUUGUUUGGUUGCUUACAUGACCAACACCAUUUCAAUUCAAUGUGAUCAAACAAAACACAAACAGACCUGCUGAAGAAGAUCAACACUACCUAAACUCGAACCCUUAAAUUAGUUAAACCUAAUAUUGUUUUUAACUUUGUUAUAUCGUCGUGAAUGUUUUUAAGAUUUAAGUUUUACAGGCUUUAAUGUUAAGAUCAAGCCAAAUCUUGCGUAAUCAUGUUUGGCAGGUUUACAUGUACCAAUAGACGUAAAGUAUGUUAGUCGAAGCAGUACUACUGUAGUGUAUAGUCAAUGAAAUCAAGCUGUAGGAAAGAAUUCAUAAUUUUGAUGAUCAAUUAAUUCAUUUAUCAAGAAAGAAAUAUCAAUCAGUCAAUCAUCUUGGCAUCUCAAAGCACCCACUCAUGACACACUGUAGAUACUUUAGAGCAGAAUUGACUCAGGACGACACAGUGCACAUGUUCACACACACCCACACACACACACACACACACACACUGAUAGACAGGGAGGCCCCGUUCCAACUGCUGUCUUUCUUCAACAGAACCUGAUCUAGGGUCUGGGGAUGGACCGUUUGGCACAGCCAUCCCUAGUUUCUACAGAGAUAAACGAGCAGGUGCGCUUCCAUAUCGACUCGCUUCUCCUCUGUCCUCCAACACCAAGGUUCGAGGGAAGUA